AGAUAAGUUAUCAGUACAAAAUAAGUUUCUGUGGUUUGGGAUCGUGCAAAUAGUAAGAGUUAGAAAAUGACUGUGGCCUAAUAGUGUUGUGGUAAUCAAGUUUUACGGCUCUUAUAUUUCAAACAGUUCGGAAACAAUUUCAACGGUCCUCUCUUGUGAACUUUCCUAGCGGACGUGUCCAUCUUUGGCCGGAAGUGACUAAUCGUUACCAGUUCCAGGGCCCGAAGACGUCGGGGAAUUUCUAUGGAAGAGAUGUCCGGAGAAAGUGCGGUGAGCUCGGCUGUGCCGGCAGCAAUGACGCGGACCACCUCGUUCAAGGGCUCCAGCCCGAGCUCCAAGUAUGUGAAGCUGAAUGUGGGCGGGGCGCUGUACUACACCACCAUGCAGACUCUCACUAAGCAGGACACCAUGCUGAAGGCCAUGUUCAGUGGGCGCAUGGAGGUCCUCACCGACAGCGAAGGUUGGAUCCUAAUCGACAGGUGCGGGAAGCAUUUCGGGACCAUUCUAAACUAUCUGCGGGAUGGUGUGGUGCCUCUGCCUGAGAGCCGGCGUGAGACAGAGGAGCUACUGGCCGAGGCCAAGUACUACCUGGUACAGGGCCUGGUGGACGAGUGUCAGGCCGCACUGCAGAACAAAGAUGCAUAUGAGCCCUUCUGCAAAGUGCCCUUGGUGACGUCAUCUAAGGAGGAGCAGAGGCUCAUCGCCACCUCCAAUAAGCCUACUGUCAAACUACUGUACAACAGAAGCAACAACAAAUACUCCUAUACCAGUAACUCGGAUGACAACAUGCUGAAGAACAUUGAGCUGUUUGAUAAGUUGUCCCUACGCUUUAAUGGUCGCGUGCUCUUCAUCAAGGACGUGAUCGGUGACGAGAUUUGCUGCUGGUCCUUCUAUGGCCAGGGCAGGAAGAUCGCCGAGGUGUGCUGCACCUCCAUCGUCUAUGCCACCGAGAAGAAGCAGACCAAGGUGGAGUUUCCCGAGGCGCGCAUCUACGAGGAGACGCUCAACAUCCUGCUGUACGAGUCGCAGGACGGUCGCGGGCCAGACAACGCCCUGCUGGAGGCCACAGGGGGCGCCGCGGGACGUUCGCACCACCCCAUGGACGAGGACGAUGAACGCGAGCGCAUUGAGCGCGUGCGACGCAUCCACAUCAAACGCCCUGACGACCGCACACACCAUCACCAGUGACCCAGCCCGCUGCCCCUUCAACCUUUGACCCCUGACCCCACCCCCCUCCCCCUGUCCUGUGCCUUAAUGACCACCAGCUCUUCAUUUGCUACACUGAACCCACCUUUCUUUAACUGCUACUGGACAGACGCACACGCAUACACAUCUCUAAACAAUAUUCAGGGUUUAGCAGUCAGGCCCUUAUAAGAUACAGUGGAGAACUGUGACUGUAGUACUGCAUACAUUGGGCACUUUGUUUCUUGGGAUUUUGCAUUGUUCCUAGAAUGAGAGAUACCACCUGGUCUCUGUGUUGCGUGACGGGGAUCCUUCGUGUUUUGUUGAUGUGGAGAUGGAGUCUGUAUAAUUGAGGGUUCAUGAGCUCACAGAACUCUCUCUAAUACAGGGUUGUUUCAGCCUCCAGGAUGUUGGGACACAGACUGAAAUGGUUUCAUGUAAUGCUCACUUCCGUAUUGUACAUACAGUCUCUCUUUGUUCAGCCUGUCUUCCAGGUUAUAAUAAAAUCAGUAGAUUAGCAGCUAGAGAUGACUGGCAUGAUGCUCGGAACAGCACCAUCAUUCCACCUUUUAGGGCUCGUUAUGUCUAGGGCUUGCCCGGCCUUUCUGAACAUAGAGGGCUGUGUCCUGGUAUGUGACAACAGUUUUUGUUGGUGCAGCAAAAGCUGGCAAACUGUUCUAGCUCCUGAUUGAGAAUUUGGAAACUAACAAUGUUAGUUUUGUGAAGUUGUCAUAUUUUGUAAUGUAAUAAGCUGAUAAGUGAAAAGCUCCCUCAUCUGUGUGUGUGUGUGUGUGUGUGCGGACUGUAGAUUUGUGUGUGUGUGUGUGUGUACUUUUUGAGGGGCUUUAUUGGGACUUGUGCGUUUUCUGUCACACAUAAUUGAAGUAUCAUUCAUUGAAAGCCGUUUUUUAUGUGGGUCUGCAAAGUAGGUGGAUGGUUUGAAUUUGCUGAGAGUUUGACUUUAAGUAUUGAUGUUUUAUGCUCUGAAAAUGGAGCUUGUAGAAUUUUUAACUUGUGUGGCAUUCUUGUUUCAGCCACGGGAGGUCAGUGUUGAGCCUAUUUCUGCUUCAGAACCAAGGCACUCUUCAGCGUGAGCAAUAAAUAAGCUAUCAUGAUGUCACUGACAUUUACUUUCGUUCUGAAUUAAUGCCCCAGAUUGCGAGUUGGAAAUGGUAUGUUGUUUCACCAGGUGAUAUUUAAUUAAUGGCAGAUAGGUAAUGUGUUCUCCGUGUGAGUCUGGCAAGUGAUUGUGUCAGAUGUUGAAAUUGAGACUUCAGCAGAGGCAACAGAUUGUACAUGGCUAAUUGACUAAUGGAGACAAAGGCCUCGAAGGUAACCAGAGACUUUGUGGAAUUUGUGGAACAGCAGCCUCUGCUGGCCAAGUGUUAUCACUCUCACUGGUGGCAGGAGUCAUUUUGUCACAAUUCUAAGACUGCAGAGCUGGGAAAAGUGUAUCUUCUACAUGUUAAUGACAAUGGUGGUAAAGCAUAGAGCUGGUCUGAUAUUAGCACCCUGGGCACACAUUUAAUCAAGUGAAGAGUGACACUGCUGAUCCUGAAACAGGGCCCUCUGAGUUUGAUUUGUGUAGAGUAUAGCAGACCCAGCUGAUCCUAGGUCAGCACCCUUACAUUGAGAAGUUUGCUAAAGAUGAUUUCAGAUCUGUUGUUUGUUGAGUGUGUGUGUGUGUGUGUGUGUGUGUGUGUGUGUGUGUGUGUGUGUGUGUGUGUGUGUGUGUGUGUGUGUGUGUGUGUGUGCAAUGUUCAUUGUCACUUGUUAAAGGCAUAUUUAGAAAUUAAUACAAUCUGUAUACUGUAGAGAUAUUUGUACAGUUGUACACAUGAUUUAAAUAAACUUUUACAUACAAAUAUAUUUAUACACACCUUAUCACAAAUAAAGAUUUCUACAAACUUCAUAAA